AUGGGUACCAAUUCACUCAAAAUUUUGUUGGCACUUUUGCUCACAGCAGCAUCCAUGGCAUCAGCUCAUGCUAUACCAGCCAUAGAUCCCAAUGUUGAUACGCCUACCAAAGCUCACGAGCUUAUCGCCCGUGCUGCUCCUUCAGAGACCUUUCUAACAAAUACCGCUGUUGCUACCAGUGCUGAAGCUUAUACGAAUUGCUGUCAGUUCAAAGAAAUUGGAGAUAACAGUCUACAGCUCACUUUGAAUCUAGCAGGUUGGGGAAACAGAAACCAUCAAAAGAAUCACACAAUAUCCGACGACAAGAACUGCGCUCUUGAACUGCGUGAUGGAAUAUCCACCUUCAGCGAAAGGAAUGAAACAGUGGAUGAUUGGAUGUGUGUUCCCUCUUACGGUGCUCUCAGAGACACCUUUGUGACUUUUAAUUUUUCCAGUCUGGAUCCUAGUCCUGUGCUUUUGGCUCUGAACAGAGUAGAUCCAGGGCCUGAAGAGUGGAUAUGCAUUAUGCCGGUGAAGAGUCAAGAAGAUUCCUGGAUUUGUAAACCGCAACAGUUGAAUAUCUGA